UUUCCACAAUAUGUUGUACCUUCUUUCAUUUUUACAAAGUUAACUAGAUGUACUGCCUCUGCCAACCAGUCGACAUGCAGUUUCCAUCCACGCCUGUCCAAAAUGUCAUCAUUUUAUGCAGUUAGACAUUUGUGUGAAAUUGUCAUAAUUAGCAUAGGAAUUCUUGAGAAAGCCAAAAAGUGAACUUAACUUGCUCCCCCCCCAAAUUCGAAUCAGUUCAAUAAUUCAAGUCAAAGUGGACAUUUAUGCGAAAUUUGAAGAAAUUCACUCCAGAUUUUCCUAAAUACAAAUCCGUAAUCAGCCCUCCUCCUAGCCAGCAAACUGAAUCCACUCCAAUGAUCUCUCUGCAUGUCUUCACAUACAAAAUAUAUUAAUUAAAACUCCAGAUUCGUCGUGCCACCUGUGACCCUUCUUCUCUACUCGGCUCAAUAAGUUUCAGCCUCUUGCACUGUGCACUAUAAAGGACAUAUUGGCCAAAUUCAGUUGAUUUAAAAAAACAAACCAAAAAAAACCUGUCAGAGUACUGAAUCUGCUCGUAUCAAAGUAACAAACAACUCUUACAGCCGAUGCCGGUGAAAGCCCAUUUUCAAUUCUUCUGGAUUUGAGAUCAGCCUUUGACUCUUUGGAUCACUCGAUCCUACACGAUUGCCUUGGAAAGAGGUUUUGCAUCAGGGCCACUGCCCUACGAUGUUUAAAAUCGUAUUCAUCAAACAGUCUUUCGAGGUAAUCGUGGGUAAUGCCUCCUCUGCCUUUUGUUAGGGUUAGAUAGUAUAGUAUGUCGAAAAAAGUAAUAGUAUAGCAUGGUUUAAAAAGUCACAGUAUAUUAGGUCAAUAAAAGUCAAAGUAUAGUAUGUUUGAAAAAUGAAAAAAGUCAAAGUAUACUAUGUAAAAAAGUCAUAGCUCUGUAUGUUUUAGAAAGUCCAAAUAUAGCACGUCGAAGAAAUUCAUGCAAAAGUCAGUAAAGUAUGACGUAAAAUCUAAUGUUGAAUAUGUCGAAAGAACUCAAAGUUUAACAUUGUAAAAAGUCAUAUUAUAGUGACAGUAUAGCAUGUCCAAAAUGUAUUUUAAAAAUUCUAAUAUAGGAUGUCCAAAAAAGUCCUUAAAACACGUCAAUAGCAUGUCAUAAAACUGUCCAGAAAUUGUCAUAGUAUAGCAUGUAUAAAAAGUCAUAAAAAAGGCAUUGCUUAACAUUACAACAAAUUCCUAGUAUAGUAUGUCAUAAAACUGUCAUGAAAAUAAGUCAUAGUAUUGCUAAAGAAAGUAAAAGAAAAUUAGCAUGUUGAAAAAAAUUCAUUAAAAAGUUAUAGUAUGUCAUAGAAAAGACAGCAUAUAUAGCUUGCCAUAAACAGUCAUAGUACUCUACACUGUACAAAUGUCAUGGCAUAUUAUGACAUAAUGUCCAAAAACAUCUUAGCAUAGUAUGUAAUAAACAUGACAAGUCAAUUUGUAGUCACAAAAAUAUUUUUUAAAAGUCCAAACAGUGCGUUGCAAACAAUGUCAUAAAAAAGUAGUAUUAGUAUAAUAUGUGAUAGAAAACACACCAAACCUUUUGUAGAAUGCUUUUUAUUCAACACAAAUAACAAUAUGAACAACAAAACUGUAAAAUAACACAAUCCUUAAAAAUCAACACCUUUAAUUCAAUUUGUACACAACACCAGGAAGGCUACAUCGUAUGUUUCAGUAACCAAGAGGCUUUUUGGAUAUAAAGCUGCAAGUAACUAAAGCCAUGUUGUCUAUACAGCCACGGAAGGAAACAGCCCGAGUCAAAGCAAGACACAUUACAGUCUUGUGUUAAUUGUUGUUAUUUGUAUUUAUUCUGUUAACAUGUGGGCAAUUAUACCAUGUAUAUUGCAUAUGAAAUGUAAACUAUUGUAUUAAGCUUAGGCUAACUGUUAAUGGCCUCAUAUGUAUAAUCUAUUUGUCUACACGUGGGAUUUGGCACACAAAUGGUUUGACAACAAGGAAGGUUGUUGUGUAGUUUUUCUGAUGAUCUGACGCCACAGCAUAGUGAAGAAACAUCUGUCCUGGAUUAACGAGGCUCCUGUUUAACAACAGGUUCAUUUGCCAGUGUUGGCCCGCAAACAAGAGGCACGCAGAUUAAAUAAACACUCAGCACUGAAGCGGCAAACAUCGUAAAACUGAUUAACACCCACAACACCCCCUACACCCACAAUGUGUAAUUACAGGAAGACAGUGGUAAUCAUCAGGUAUGCAGGGCUUGAGUCAAAUUAGGCACAGACGCACCCAGCUCUGUAUUUGCAAACUGAUGAGCACUGAGGUGAUUUUCCUGUUAGAGGACGUUAUUGUUCCCAAAGGCGAGCACGCUCUGAGCCACGAGGUUCUGUCAGUGGUGCUAAUGCUGCUGUCAUCGCGGCCGACUGCCGCAUCUCUGAACGCAGACGCGUCUGCUGCAACGUGCCCAGAACAUCUUUCUUCUAUGUAUCGACACGCGUCAGGGUGGGAGGGGGUGCGACGCCAAGACUUUGUGUGGCAGCGGCAGUCACAGGGAUUGGGACUGCUGCCCCGCCGCAAAAUUAUAUAUGAGACACACGAGAAGCACGUGCAGUGGGUGGUCCUCAGCACACCGCUUUCACGUGUCUAUAGCGAGCACCGAGCCCAGCCGUCAGUCCAGCGUGACUCACAACAGCAGGAGACAACAUCAGCAUGGCUACGGGGAUGGAGCCCUCGGAUGUGAUCCGCCUUAUAAUGCAAUACCUCAAAGAGAACAACCUCUACCGAACACUGACCACCUUACAGGAGGAAACAACUGUCUCGCUCAACACAGUGGAAAGCAUCGACAGCUUCAUUGCAGAUAUAAAGAGCGGCCACUGGGACUCCGUCCUGCUGGCUAUCGAGUCCCUCAAGUUGCCCGACAACACACUUAUUGACCUUUAUGAGCAGGUUGUAAUGGAGCUCAUUGAGAUGAGGGAGGUGGGAGCCGCUCGCUCACUCCUCACACAAACUGACCCGAUGAUCAUGCUGAAGCAGACGCAGCCAGAGAGGUACAUCCAUUUGGACAACCUGCUAACAUGCUCCUACUUUGACCCCUGUGAGGCGUACCCGAACGGCAGCAGCAAGGAGAAGCGGCGUAGGGCAAUAGCCGAGGCGUUGGUGAGGGAGGUCAGCGUGGUGCCACCUUCUCGCCUCAUGGGGCUCCUGGAACAAGUCGGCUCUAUGAGAAUACAGCAGUAUCCAGAUCAUCUCUCCCCCGACAUGACCAUCGACACAUCUGGCAACAAGGACAGACAAAUGGAGAAAGAGAGCUUUCCAACGCAGCUGUACCGCCACAUCAAGUUUGGGCGGCGGUCACAUGUGGAGUGUGCCCGUUUCUCUCCUGAUGGCAAAUACUUAAUCACUGGAUCGGUGGACGGGUUCAUUGAAGUCUGGAACUUUAACACUGGAAAAAUUAGUAAGGAUGUAAAGUACCAGGCUCAAGACAGCUUCAUGAUGAUGGAUGAUGCUGUGCUGUGUAUGUGCUUCAGUCAGGAUACGGACCUACUGGCCACUGGAGCUCAGAAUGGCAAAAUAAAGGUGUGGAAGAUUCAGAGCGGCUUGUGCCUGCGCAGGUUCGAGCAUGCCCACAACAAAGGUGUGACCUGUCUGAGCUUCUCCAAGGACAACGACCAGUUCCUCAGUGCCUCCUUUAACCAGACCAUCAGGUGGGAUGUCUCACAAUCCACGUACACUGCAAUGACUGAUAUUCAUAGUCGAAACAUUACUCAUAUCAGCUGAACUAGAUUUGUAGACUUACACUCGGUGUGGAGGACAGAGAGAGCUUUACAAAUGGUAAAAAUGACAUGACAUUGAACUGGACAGUAAACAGUGAGAUUAAGGAAAGUCUAAUUGAUUUGAAUAAACAAGUCAUUUCAAAUAUUUAAACAGCUAAUUCAAUAAAUUCAAUUUUAGUUAAGAAGGGAAGUGAAUAUCUGAAUUCACAAAUGAUGGACCAAAAGUUUUAAAAGAGAAACAACUAUGUCGGGAGCUUUGUUCAAUUUCUGGAUCCUUCUUGUGGCAAAACGUUGCUUGUCUACUGCGGGAGGAAGGGAGAGCUUUCACUGACACAUGAAAAUGAGUUCAGCUGGAGGCCAGGGAGCUCUUUUUACGUCUCACGGAGGAUUAGCACAACAAGGCAGAAACAGAAAAGUCUUUCUCAAAACUGAAUGUUGCCAUGGAACAAAAUUCAAUACCACCAAGUUAUCUAGUUAUAAACUGUCCCAUUGUAAAAAAGUUCUCAAAGACCCUUUGCAUAUUGUGGAAUAAAAUAAAGAAGAAAAAAGCAGUUAACGCUUUAAUGACGAAUAAUAAGAAUAGGAAUAAAGAAAAUAUUAGAAUUAAGCGGUGUUGAAGGUUUAAUGUGUUUUCAGAUUCUGCUAUGGUAUAUGCAUCUGUUAAUAUAUUUUUCCUAUUUCUCUUUUGUCCAGUUAAGUAAUUCAACAAGUAAUUCAUUUGAAGUGAACUGCUUUUCAAACCUUUGUAAAGCUCCAUAAUUCCAGCAGUUGAGGCCCGAUAUGACAUGUUGCAUGAGUACUACACCUGAAACUAAAUAUGUUCGGGCAAGGACGUCUGUCUUUCACUUCCCUUCUCUCACACACAGACAAACACACACUGAAUCCCCUUCAUAGUUGAGGAGUUGAAUAUCUAUUUCUGACUGCUGGGGUGUGUGGGCUGAGCCUCUCUGUCUGAAGCGCAUGUGCUGUGUGGGUGUAGCUGAGAGAGACCAUGUGCUCAGGCACAAAGCUGCAACGUGUUCCUCCCGUCGCAAAUUCCAAGAGAUAGGAAUUGUUUACAUACGCAAAACCAUCCUCCCAGAGAUGUAGUAAACCAGUGAGCAUUAGGCUGUUGUCAUGGUUUUAGCUAAUCUGCACCCAGUCGCUCCACACGGGAGCUAAA